ACUAUGGAUUGCAUUCCAUCCGCCGAUGAGGUCGACGGAACAUGGAUCUCAUAAAAAUAACGCUUUUCUUAGCAUGGGUUGCUCUAUCGCAAGGUGACGAGGAAAGAUUUUUCUCCCACCAUAAACCGAAAAGGGAUUGUUUCUGCCUACCACCAAGUCCGGUACAUGCUUCAAAGAUAACUGAUUUGCUUCAUCCACCACCAGGUUCCGAAGAAGUUAGGAAGGUUGUCUACGUAUUUAAAAAUUCUGUCACAGGUGAACAUAAAAUCUACAUACCCAAUUUAGCGAAGCAACGUGUCUUCCCCAAUAUUGCAUACGACGCGAAUGAAAUUCUCAGAUCCAUUGAUGAUAUGCCAAUAUUUAAUGAUGAUUCUUGGGUUACUGUUAAAACGACGCCGCCAAUAAAACAAAAGCACAUCCAUUAUGAACCAGAAAAACCGAUACAUCAAGAUAAUUCAAAAAACCUCAAUAUAAACAUCAUAAAUGAGUUGAAAAAGGACAAGAAGGAUCUUGUAGACUUACACAGACCAAGAGAAAUGAAAAUACUCGGAACGUUACCUGGUAAAACUUUGCGAGACGAAUUUGCUAAAAAAGAGUUGUAUCCCAGUAGUAAUAUACAUGUAAAAAAAUUAAAUAAGUUUUAUCCUACUUGGUUAAACAAGGGAAAUAGUAUUCGCUUUAAACCAGAGCAACUACAAAAAUUCCCAUAUAAUGUAAAAAUUAUUUUACGAAUUAAUGGUAAGAAAGAUAUUAGGAAUGGCCAACUAGAAAUAAAUGAAAAUAUUGGAGAAAUUGUAGUCUAUACACCGAAACACACUGUAAAUGAAUUGUACCCUAAGUUUGAUGUAAAUUCCAAUAUAUCGUUUGACGAAUGGUUAAAUAUCAUGGUGAAAGCUCUGCACAAUCAACUUAACUUUUCUUCUAAAGUUUUAGAUAUCAAUGUACUUCAAAUAUUCAUUACGAAUGUUAUACAGAACAUCAAAAUUUCCCCUAACCAGAAAGGCGGAUCUUAUGGAAACAUCAUAAACUUUUCAAAUAUUAAUCUACGACCAAUAUUAAUAGGUGAAUCCGCUUUAAUCAAUAAGGUUAUUAACAAUGGUUUACUGAAAAUACCAUCUGGUAUUGUAUUCUUAGAAGCGAUUUUUGUAUCGGAUAACAAUAUUCAAAGUCUUGGUAUUAUACCGAUUGGCCACCUUUUAAUUGAUAAAAAAGAACAGAUAUCAAAAACUAGAACGGUACAAAUUAUGAAAUCAAUAACAACUUGUGAAAAUGACGUAUGUAAAACGAAGAAAAUAUGUAAAAAUGAACAAGAUGAAGAAGAGCCCUGUAAAGAACUUUCAAAUGUAAUAUCGAAAGAAGCCGAAAGAUCUGGACACCAUUCAGGCUGUAAGCAUUCAGUAUGUAAGCAGAAGAAGUGCAAAUAUAAUAAACAUUGUAAAGAACAUGUUUCUGGAGGAAAUUUGAUUGCUAACGAAGAAGUGGAACCUUAUAUCAUUAUAGAUACAAAUGGGAACGUGAUAUCAUCAGCAAUUGAUGACUCACUUCAAACUGAUGAAGAACCAGGUAUCAGAAUUGUCGGUGGCAAUGCAGCCACUAACAGUGGAACUCCCGUGAAUAUUAAAGGUAGAUCUGGUGACUAACUCUAUAUAGGUGAAAUAUGACUGAGCUAUGUUAAUGGACUUGAAUCUUAUUAUUAAUACAUUCAGCAGCAUACAAUAGUAUUUUUUAUUUCACAGUGCAAUUUAUGAAAUACGUAUUGUGCUAGGUUCCAAAGUUAGACAACGCCCUCUAUUAUAAAAACUUUAAACAACUUAACUCAAUUAAAAUUUACAUUCGAAUGUUUUCUUAAUAAUUCGCGGCGUAAUAAAACGCCCUCUAGCUGGGAAUACUAGUUCUAAAAAGACUUCACUAUCCUCUGAAUGUGAAGAGUUCAAAUAGUCUAGUAAAGAUGGCGCUCCUUAGACUAAUAAAAUAAUUUUUGAUCUUGAUGUUUCAGACGGUUUAUAGACGGCAUUGAUACACUUUAUAGUCGUAGUACUUACUACUUAACAUAGGUGGCGCUACUACAAACAAACAUUUUAAUUUGAAAAACCGUAGUCUUACGAAAUUCGGAGUGUCUCAAGCUUAAUUAAGUUUGAUGAUAAUCGCACAAAGUAUAUUAUACUGUUUGAUUAUUAACAAAAUGAUGCAAUUAUAGAACAGACAACAUUGUGGUAAAAUCAAGUUAAGCAAGUUUAGCUCAGUUAAAAGUUAAACUUGAAGUUCAGUCAGUCACUGUCAGUGACCGCUGUUAGUCGUAUUUCGUUACUUACAAGUUACCGCGGCUGUACAAGGACAAAGUUACGCUUUCUGAAAUAAAAAGUAUGAAAUUAUUUCAAUUUUACCAUUAAUUCGUCGUGUUUUAGUGAAAUUUUGGUUAUUGAAUAAUGCAGUUUGAUUAACUUAUAAAUGUUUAUUUUGUCGUGAUUUCGCGUCCUGUGCCUAUUGUUUGUGAUUGGGUCAACCUGUGCUUUAGAUAUGGAAGGAUGUUAUUAGCGAUUAUACUGUAAACAUCCUUGCUUCUACUUUAUUUGAUGGGAUUUUGUAACUGCGGCUGAGCGCGUAAUGGUGCGCGCUGCAGUGUUCCUGCUGGCGGUAGCACUGUGCCGCGCCGGCACCCUUGAUUCCGAAUUGGGCGUCGGUAAAUCCAUCAACAUAUUUAUGAGAUAUGGCUACCUCAGUAUUUGUAUGCGAGUUGUUCCACGUAAUGACACAGAGUCCUGGGUAUUUCGGGAGCCAACGGUCAGUGUGUUCAAGGACGUGGAAAAGUUCACUGUGGCGCCGAAACCUCGACAUGCGAAGACACUCUUCGACGGCGAUUUUCACAUGGAGUUCUGCGAUAACCUGAAACAAUUGCUGCAGGCGUAUUUUAGAGAUUUCAGCUUUGAGAGAUUAGAGCGGCCAUGGCGAGCGUUCACAGCUGGUUGGCCGACAGAUAUCAUGGCGCGGAAUUUGGGUAUCAACUCCUCGUUUAUCAACGGGGACCACUGCUAUGUACUUGUUAGGGUGUCGAGGUUUCGUGAAACAGCAAAACUAAGCGAUUUACCACCAAAUGUACCGGUGGAGGAUGUAGUAUUCGAUGCCAUACAAGACACUACUAUAGGCGACACGGUCUCUAUAGCAGAUUUUAUCAGAAAAUACGGAUCACAUUAUAUAGCAUCUUAUAUAACUGGAAAUUCAUUAUACCAGGUGUUUGUGUUCUCUCGUGGCGUGUACUCCCGGAUCAAAGAGCGUGUUAAGUCGCGGGGCGUGUCAGACAUACCCACAGCUGAAAUGAACAAUUUCUUCUCCCCGUUAUUCGCGGAACACGUUGGAGCUGUGAAGGUAUUUGUGUUCUCUAGAACCGCAUACUCUAUGAUCAAAGAGAGACUUAAAAGCAAGGGCGUGGCCGAUAUAACUGCUAAAGAGUUGGAAGGAUAUUUCUCGCCAUGGCAGGCCAAGCAUAUUGGCCAGAUCAAGGUGGCGAGUGGAAAUAAAACAGUGGAAAGUUGGGCGAUGAAACGCCUCAGGGUACAUUAUUAUAUAUUUUCGUACCCAAGUCUUUUAAAGCUUCACGGAGAGCCGGCGCUUUUAAGAAAUUUAGAUACAUUAUUAGGAAAUGAAGCCUUAUUACAAUUAGAAUUAAAGACAUUAUCGCCCGCGUUUAAAGACGCGCAAAAAAGAAAGUGGUUUGAAGAAGUGAUAGACAAUUAUUUAAAAUUGUGGGAGAGUAAUAUGUGAUAGAUUUUAAAGGGCAGAUUUAAAGAUACACUCCAACCAUUCUGAACCUCGCAUUUUCCGGCUCCAUGGACCAAAAAUUUUCGAUUCGUGAGAAGCAUUAAAUUCUUACAUAUUAAAUAAACUAUAUGCUUUAUUUUGCUCAAAUGAUUACUAGCUUGGAGUACCUUAAAAUUUUUCCCUUUAAAUAGUGCUGACAAGAGUAUUUUAGUUUAUAUUUGAUUAAUGAGAGAAUGCUAUAUUUUUCUGUGAUUGAUCAAUAUUUAUUUUUAUAACGAUUAAUUUUCCACCAGUGUAAGUACAAACAAGUAUAGUUUUAAUAUUCGUCCAUUGCAAAGGUUUCUAUAUUUUUGGAACUUUAUACAACAAAUUUAUUGUAUAUGUAUUUUUAUAGAAAAAAAAAUUGUAUUUAAAAUUAUAUAUCACGUUGCCCUCUUGCGUUUUAUAAGAUUUGGUGAUAAAUAUAUUGUGAUUCCUCCUUACAAUAUUUAUGAAGGUAUAAUCCGAAAGCGGUCACGUUCCUGACUAGAAUUUAACGUCAUUGGCAUACUAAAGUGCUAAGUUUAAGGCCAGAAUAUGGUCGAAGUGUUAUCCGUUUUAAUAAAAAUUAAGAGUCAACAUUUAGAGCAACAAAUGAAGUCUCUAGAGUUUGUCUAUAUGUCGAAACUACGAACUAAAUUAGUCGAAAUUCUUUUCUUAGCUCAUCGUCUCCUUCAGUCGAAGUAUUUACGCUGUAAGGUAAAAAGACAGACUUUAGUUGGAACAGCAAAUAGACCAAUUAUUUUUAUAGGAAUUGGUGACUAUAAAUUUGUUUGUGGUUGGUGAAAGUUUUAUUUGAUUAUCCAUUGCUGACGUGGCGGGCACCACAUUUUUUGUUACAAAAAAAUCGAUAAAUAUGUAUAUUUAAUUUUAUAAUUCAGAUGUCUACUUAUUUAUUUUUUAAUUUAUUUUAACAUGAUCAAACACGAUGCUGCAUUUACAACCCUACAGUGUUCUUAUUGUAUUAAAAUGUAAAUAUGUUAGCAUGUAAGAA